AUGUGAUUAGUAUUGCUGUCUGCUGCUUAGCCUGCCCCGCAGGCAGCCAGCUGUGCCUUCAGAGGAAUUAUUGCCAGAGGGUGACUCAGCCAACACCAAGCCCAGCACCAUCAUGCCUGGCCCGACAACAGGGAAGAAGCUGGAUCUUUCCAAGCUCACAGAUGAGGAGGCCAAGCAUGUGCUGGAAGUUGUCCAGCGAGACUUUGACUUGCGUAAAAAGGAGGAAGACAGACUUGGGGAGCUGAAGACCAAGAUUGAGAAGGAAGACAUCAAGAGAGAGUUGUUAGGUCACCAGUCCAGCCUCACCGAGUCCUACUGUAUUCGCUGCCUCCAGCCCUUCAAGUUCCUGGUCAACAGUAAGCGUCAAUGCCUUGACUGCCACUCGUACAUCUGCAAGUCCUGCUGUCGCUACAACAAGAAGGAGCAAGGUUCUGUGUGUGAUUCCUGUCACAUGGCCAGGGUCCUCAAAAUUGGCACACUAGAGUGGUACCAUGAAAAUGUCCGUGCCCGCUUCAAGCGCUUUGGCAGUGCCAAGGUGAUGCGAUCGCUCUUCAAGAGGCUGGAUGAUGAACACAGUUGCUCUCAAAGUGACUUUGGAGCAGAUAGAUAUGAGGAACACUCUAUGGAUGCAACAACUUCACAACUCUACAAAGAGAGGAAAAAGGCCAAAAGGCGACUAAGUGUUGACCCCAUUGAUUUUGAAGUUGGCUGGGACUACCCCGAUUCAAGAGGAGGGUCAUAUCAGCCCCAAGACUCCCAUGACAUCAUGAUGAUGGGUGUCGCUGAGAGGGAGUCGAUGCUCGCUGAAGCUGCCAUGGCCUCAGUUUUCCACCAGAUUACACUGGAGCAACACACAGAUGAUCUUGUGUACACAGACAACCCAACCAUCCCAUCUCGCUCAGUCUCCCAGCUCAGCCACUCCUCCUGUGGCAGUGGGAGUGCAGGGGCUCCCCGGGGCAGCAGCAGAUAUCUGCCUGGCCCUGAUGACACGGAGGAGGAAGAGGAGGACGGUGACCACUGUCAGCAUUACCUGUUCUACCACUCUCACCUAGGCCCCUCCAACCACACUUCUCAGGAGAGCCUGAACUCAGCCAACCCCCCACCUCAGAUCACUAACCUGAACAGACACAUAUCAACCAUUGAGACCUCGUUGAACCUCACAGAACAGAAGGUCACCUCAACGUAUGAUCAGGCCUCUUCAACUCCAAACAGCGACUCUCCUCUUCCUCAGAGUGAAGGCGUGGACCUGGAGGAGCAGCAGCUCAGACAGAAGCUGCGUGAAAUGACCAACAACAUAAGUGACCACAGCCUAAGCUCAGAUGAGGACGAGCCCAAAAGGCCUCAUUCGUCACAUGAGAUCACAGCAUGGAGGAGCCUAGAUGGGGAUGUCCGACCUUCCAGAAUCCCAACCAGACCUACAUCCAGAACAAGCAUCAUGGACUUCAGAGUGGGGGAGCAGCCUCAACAGAAUGACUCUCAGAAGAUUAACCAUAUGGCGGAGAACGUGGAGAGGAAGUUGCACCACAGAGAGGAGUCAAACUUCAGAGGCUCGACAGCUUUACUUGUCAAACUAGAAGACCAGGUAGCUCAAGCAGCUGCUAACGUCCAGAACGCCCAGAGCGAGGUGUCUUACAUAGAGAACAGGAUUGCUGCUCUGAAUGCCUCCGGUGUGCCUGUGGACCGCAGGAGAAGGUCUGCGAUCCCGAUCCAACCACAGAGACUUUCCCACAUCAACCCAAGCCAGGUGGACAGAUUUGUGAGGAACUCCCACUACAGGGGCUCCCUGACACAGAGGAACGCUGUGAACAAGCCCAAGACCAGGGCGGCCUGUGCGAAACCACUUAUGACGCAAGGCUCGUGAGGAGGAGACUGAGUCUUAUGUGACCAAACCCUUUUUUUCAUCAGUUUUUUCUGAGUUUGACGUUCCACUGAAUAAAUUGAGGUGUGUGUCACUUACAUGUCAGAGAUUGUCUCCUGGAGUGGGAUUGCGUCAAACUCUAUUAAAUACUAUGCCCUUUUGAUAUUAACAAACAUAACAUGGUAUGUUGUUGUAUUUAUAGCAUAUGAUUAAAGUGUUUGUUCAGGUUUUUUGAAGUGUGGUUGUAUGUGAUACUGACUUAUUGUUAACAGUGGCUGCACUGUUAUGCACGCUCUCAAUGAAAGCAUGGCUCCAAUAGCAGGGCCUUAAUGAAAACCUGAUUUUAGCCCCUUAACUAAGGGCUCAACAAAUAAAAUCUCCACCUGCUUAAAUCUACAAUAUGUAAAGGUUAUCUUAGUUACUUCAUCUCUUCUUUACACAACUGCAAACUUAAGUUUGUGCCGCUUUGCAUAUCGCUCACUCUCAGCACCAUAGUCAACAGAGAAAAUUAGCGAUUUCACAUCACAUGACACCAGGAGUUGUUGAUCUACUGCUGUCUGGAUCGUUAUUUUGUGACUUGAAUGUUUCAAAUCUUUUAUUCAGAUUAACCAAUGUGACACAAACUUGCCAAAUGAGGCAGCAAUGGAUCAACUGCUAAAUUUCCUCUAUGAAAUGUAUUCUCUAGUCAGAAAAGCAAGAUGAAGCAGCAACAUAUUGCUGGCGUAAAUGUAAGAGGGCAUACUGUACAUUUUAAGUAGCUAAAAUCUCUUCUUUUUUUGCACUUCUCCGCUGGCAGCCAUGCUAUCAUUGAACACAGUGCCUAACCUGAACUAUCCCUUUACAUGACAUGCAUUAACAUUGCUAGGUUCAUUCAUCUUAGGGUAUAUACCUUUGAUUUAAACUCAUGUAAAUUGUUGUGCUGCAAAGGUAUUUACAUUACAUUUCUCACUAUAAUCUGCUAUAAUCGGCUUCUAUGUGGCCCCUCUCAGCUUAGGGAGCCCAGGUUUUUGUGAGUCUCAAAUCAAGGCAAUCAGGCAUUCAUUAUGUUAAAUAAGAAUACAGUGAUAUGUUUUGUUUUGUGGCAUGAUAUCAUUUUGAUUUAUAACAAGACUUUCAAAGAAACCUUUUUUUUUUACAUCAGAAUUAUUACUGAUUAUUGUAGCGUAUACUGAACUUGCAUUGUUGUCACUUAAGUAAAAUUGUUUUUCUCUUGUAUUACAAUAACACAAUGUACAAAAGUAACUUCUGAUCAUUUUUCUUAGUAUUCUCUCAAUGAAUCAACAGUAGUUGUCUCUCAGGUGCAUAUGAGGAAAUGUCUAAUUUUCUAUUUUUCCUACAUUUGUUUUACGCAAUCAUUUAUAGUAGGUGUGUGUGUAGGUGACAUACUGAAGGAAAGUGGUGAAUGAGAUGAGGAUGACGUUGCUAUCAUGUACUUGAGGCUUGUCCUAGAAUUAGCCGCCCAUGUGUCGAUUUAAAAUCAUUGUGUUUAACUUCACAGAUAGUGACACUUAUGGAGCUCAGAGAGAAACAACUCACUCUGAAGCCAACACUGAGCUGCUUAAUCUAAACUACUGUUAAGUCCAGACCUCUCUUUCAUUAAAUUUCUAAAUAUAAAUAUGAAAUAAAUUGUUUUGUCUUUUAGUAGAUUAUGUACAAAUGUAUUUUUUAGCCUUUGAUGUUACAGCUGCAACUUCAAAGAGCCAGCACGUCUCCGGGCAGUGCAACUGUUCUGCCUUCGUUCCUUCGUGUUGUAGCACAUGUGCAUUAUCACACCAUGUCCUUAAUAAAUCACUUGCCUGUUAAGAUCGCA